AUGAAGUGGGACGUGCACAUACCAAACCUGCUGUACUGCCUUAGACGUCGUACCAACGCCGCUACUGGAUACUUGCCCGCGCAGCUGGUCCAGGGUCAGAACCUGGCCCUGCCCGGCGAGUGCCAAGUGUUCGUCGCGGCGACGGAGGGGGAGCUGGGGGAGGCAUUUAGAACAGAGCUGUCAGUUAUGCGGGAACAGGCACGCCAGCACCAAGAGGCGUACAUCCGGAAGACGAUGCCGCACCACCUGUCAUCCAAGGCAAAGGACUUCAAAGCCGGGUUUGCACCAAAGUGGUCCGAACCAAGGCAGGUCAUCCGCAAGUUCGGACCCACGACGUACCUGGUACAGAUGCCGAGCGGACGACCUGCGAAAAUACAUAGGGACGACCUUCGUCAGGCAGGAGACCAGCCGGAGUCCAGGAUGACUGGGCCGCAGGUGAACAUCAGCCUGACCAACUCGAGUUUUAUGGUUUCGGUUACUGAACCGGACUCGGAGGGAAGGGAGUCGGACGAGAGUGGGUCGUUCAAGGGGAGGAGGUACCCGCCACGUCGACGGCAGGCACCUGAACAGCCCGGCUAG